CGAAGCGAGUCAUGGUGGCUGCAGUGGCGGCGGCGUGGCUGCUCCUGUCGGCGGCGGCCGCGGCCUCGGCGCAGCGGGAGCAGGACUUCUACGACUUCAAGGCCGUCAACAUCCGGGGCAAGCUGGUGUCGCUGGAGAAGUACCGCGGCUCGGUGUCCCUGGUGGUGAACGUGGCCAGCGAGUGCGGCUUCACAGACCAGCACUACCGAGCUCUGCAGCAGCUACAGCGGGACCUGGGUCCUCACCACUUCAACGUGCUUGCCUUCCCCUGCAACCAGUUUGGCCAGCAGGAGCCUGAUAGCAACAAGGAGAUUGAGAGCUUUGCCCGCCGAACAUACAGUGUCUCUUUCCCCAUGUUUAGCAAGGUUGCAGUCACCGGCACUGGUGCCCACCCCGCCUUCAAGUACCUGACCGAAACUUCUGGAAAGGAGCCCACCUGGAACUUCUGGAAGUACCUAGUGGCCCCAGACGGGAAGGUGGCAGGGGCUUGGGACCCAACCGUGUCGGUGGAGGAGAUCAGGCCCCAGAUCAAUGCGCUUGUGAGGAAGCUCAUCCUGCGAAAGCGAGAAGAGUUAUAACCAUCUUCUCCCUUUAAUCCCACCCUGCCCCACCUGUGCAUAGGUGACCAAACAAACUCCAAUGGUGCUUCAAGGGGAGAGAACCCUGACUCUCUCUCUUCCUGUAGUCUUAUCCCACCUAUCCCAUCACUCUUGUGGAGGAAAAAUUCCAGUAUUUUUAUUACUUGAAUCUUAGGGCAACCAAUAGGAACGACUGGCCAGUGAGAGCUCUUGCCCAAUGAUUUCACCAGCCAAUAAAAUCUUCUAGCCAAUGAAAACAUGUGGUAAAUAGAAGUCUAUCAAGCAAUAAUCUCCCAGCCAAUGGAAAAAAAAAAAAAAAACAACCAUUGCCGUCGAGUUGAUUCCGACUCCUGGUGCCCCUAUUGGACAGAGUAGAACUGCCCCAUGGAGUCUCCAAGGAGCGCCUGGUGGAUUCUAACUGCCAACCUUUUGGUUAGCAGAUGUAGGUUUUAACCACUAUGCCACCAGAGUUUCCCCCAGCCAUUGAGAACUCUCUAAAAUGGAGCCAAUUCCUAACUCACAGGGCUGUUGUGAAGGUUAAAAUUAAAUACCUGUGAAAGUGCCUAGGCAGUACCGGCUAAGCAGGACGCAUUCAAUAAAUGUUUUUUGCAUAUAAACAAAAAAAUAACCUGUGAUUGAUAAAACUUGCACCCAACAUGAAUUGAUGAAACUUGCACCCAACAUGAAUUUCUAGACAAUGCAAAUAUAGGCCAAACAUUUAUUCGUUGUUGUUUUCCACGGAAAUUAUUAAGUUGUCUUGGUGUAUUGUUAUUUUUUAAUAUCAAAGUAAUGCAGGCUCAUUGUAAGAUCCAAAUAAUACAGGAUGAUAUAAAAUGAAAAUAUCCCCCUCAUUACUUAUAUUCUCACUCCUUGAAGGGUAAACACUGUUAGCAAUUUGGUACUCAUGUUUCCAGGCCUUUUCCUAUCAGGCCAAUAAUUAAUAAAAACCCAAUAAGAAUUCACUGCCCAAAAGUAUACUACAAUAACAAAUAGGCAAAGAAUAUAAGUAGAGAAUUCACAGAAGAAUGUAGAUGGAUAAUAAGCAUAUGAAAAAAUUGUCAACUUCAUUCAAAUUGGAAAUAUUUUUAAAAUGAGAAUGCUCAUUGCUGGUAAGAUGUAGGGAGAAGGUCAUUCACAUACAUAGUUGGUGGGACAAUAAACUGAUACUAGUUUUUUGGAGGGUGAUUUAGCAAUAUCUUUUAAAACAAAGUGUUCAUACCCUUUGACCCAUCAUUUUCUCUUCUAGAAACUUCCCAAACUGUGCACAUGUAACUGUAAUAUGUAUGUACAUUGUUUAUAAUAGUGAAAUUUUGGAUGCAACCCUUAUGUCCAUUGAUACGGGUCUGGUAAUAAAUUAUGGUACAAAUCCAAAUGAUAAAUUAAUACACCUAUUAAAAUGAAUGAGUUAAAUCUCUAUGUACUACUAUCAUGGAGUUGUCCAGAAGUGAAAAAAGGGCUAGUUGUAAAACAGAAUGAGCAAGUAUGAUAAUAUUUUUAAUGAAAUUUCACGGUAACAAUGUUAUGUGAGAUGGAGAGAAGAAAAAUAGAGGGUUGUAGACCAAACUGUUGAUGGUGGUUGUCCUUGAGGGGAUGCAGUGGAAUAAAAGGAGUCAUUCACUUUA